AUGGAGCCUAAGGCCGGCCUCGUUCUUGGCUAUAAUGGCAUCCACCCCUUUUCCAAGGUUAAAAUAUUCGAUCGCACUUCCGUCCAGGAGCUUUUGAGGACCCUCUUGGAUCCCCUCGAACCGUUCUUCUCACCGUUGAAAGCUAGGGUGAAGUGCCCUGGUGCCACGGCUGUUAGAUUUGACCAAACGGCUUCUGAGGUGGAAGGUAUAUGUAGACCACUAUGGGGCCUGGCAUGCUUAUUGGCAGGAGGUGGUGAGUAUCACGGGACCGAAUGGUGGAUUCAGGGGAUAAAGUCAGGCACCGACCCUGAGAAUCCCGAAUAUUGGGGAUAUCCUCGAGACAAUGAUCAGAGGAUGGUGGAGAUGUGCCCUCUUGGUUAUGCUUUGGCCGUCGCUCCCGUUAUCUGGCAAUCCUUCAACGAGAAGGAGCGAGAAAAUGUUGAGAACUGGCUGGGAAACUCGAUCAAUGAGAAGAACAUGCCUAAUACAAAUUGGCUCUGGUUUCGCGUUUUCGCAAACCUUGGACUGAAAAAGAAUGGAGGCAAAUUCUCGCAGGAAAGACUGGACCGUGACAUUGAACAUCUUAACACCUUCUAUCGAGGUGGUGGCUGGUCGAAUGAUGGACCGGAGGGUAUCCAUCAAAUGGACUAUUACUCUUCUAGCUUCGCCAUUCAGUUUUUGCAGCUCCUGUAUGCGAAGCUAGCUGGAGAAGACGAGCCUGCUAGGGCCGAAGAAUUCAAAAAGCGCGCUCAGCAGGUUGCUCUUGACUUGAUUCACUACUACGACAAUGAAGGUCGUUCUAUCCCCUUUGGUCGCAGCGUGGGCUAUCGAUUUGCGAUGGUGUCUUUCUGGGGUGCCUUAGCAUAUGCCGGAGUCGAGUUGCCCGAGCCCCUUACAUGGGGCAUGGUCAAGGGCGUAGUUCUACGACACCUGCGAUGGUGGCAGACACAACCAGAUAUUUGGAGCCCAAGCGGAACAUUAACUAUUGGGUACUCUUACCCAAAUAUGUAUAUGGCGGAGAAUUACAACAGCCCUGGCAGCCCAUACUGGGCUUGUUUAGCAUUCAUCUGCUUAGCCGUGCCUGAGGACCACCCCUUCUGGACGUCUGAGGAGCAGUUUCCCGGAGAUGCCAUCCCGAAGAUAAAAGCACUACCACAACCAGGCCAUAUCGCGAGCUACCUCGGCGGGCACUGCAUGCUUCUCUCAUCCGGCCAAGCCUGUAGCUAUCCUAUGAAAGGCACGCAUGCCAAAUACGGCUCCUUCGCAUACAGCAGCGCAUACGCGUAUUCCGUGCCCCCGGGUCUCUUCACCUUGGAGCAGUACGCCCUAGCCUCGCAGCUCGGGUUCUCCGACGACGGCGGGGAGUACUGGAAGACGCGAAGAAAGUGCGCGUACGCCGCCCUCGAGCACCGCGGGAGCACCCCCGUCCUAGUGUCCAUCUGGAACCCGUUCCCCGACGUCGCCGUGCGGACCACCCUCGUCCCGCCCGACCCGGCCACGCCGAACUGGCACCUCCGCGCGCACCGCAUCGAGGCCGGCCGCGAGGUCAUGACGGCCGACGGGUCAUUCGCGAUCAGCAACGAGCGCGCGGCCGACGGGCGGUACCUAGACCUGUACGACGCGUGGAAGGCCGAGGGCACGUCCCCCAAGAUCAUCGGGAACUACGACCUCAACACGCCCGACGGCUGGGCCGCGGGCAAGCAGGGCGCGUUCGCGGUGUCCAGGGGAGCCGUGGGGAUCAAGGCGUUGGAAAGCGGCGUUGAGCGUGCCGCGAAUCUGGUUAAUGCCGAUCCGAACUCCAAUUUGGUGGCGAGCAGGACGGUUAUCCCAACCCUCCAACAUACUAUUAAGAAAGGCGAGACCGUCUCGUAUAUCUCGGCGAUCUAUGCUAAGCCCUCCGGCGAAGGCGUUCCGAAAGAGACGUACUUGGACGGGUGGGAGAAACCGCCGCAGAUUCCGGGGUGGUUGAAAGAUGAGUUGGAAGCAUAG